GGGGAUUACACAUUUAACUGAUUUUUAUUCCAUUCCGUUUUAUUUUUAUAUUUUUUCCUGAAAUUCUCAAUUUUACCCAAUCUUCCACAUCUUACCGUAACACCAACAAUUAUUAAUUUUUAAUUAUAUCUAUCAACAAUGUUGAAAAAAAGUACCGGGAAGGAUGAUGAAAUAUUUGAAAUGAUUGAUGAAUCGGAUUCCACUGAAGAUUCUGAUGACGAAGAUUACAAUUUAGGUGACAAUCUCUUCACUAAUCAAAAUAAAAGUAAACCAAAUAAAUCUCGAAAACUGUCCACAAAAUCCAAUAAUUCACGCAAUAAAACCACCAAUAUCACUCCUAAAACUUUAAAUUCCGCUCUUAAAAACGGAAACCAUUCUCUAAAAUCCGACACACCUAUAAAAAGUGCCAGUAAAGAAGUAUUAGCCUCUCGCUUGUUUGAGAUAAUAAUAGGCCGCAAACAUGCUCGACUAUCAAGUUGUCUACAACGUAUAUACCUAUCACUUUCAUCCGAGGAUAAAUUUGUAACAAUAGCUGAGAUUUUAUCGUUUAUCAUUGAGUGUUCUGGUUUCACACCGAAUCUUGUUCACUACUCAUAUCUUGAUAAUUCUAGUCCAACUAAAACAACCAAUGAAACAAAUGAACUGGAGUGGGAUGUUUUUAAGAAUUUAUAUAAUAACUUGCCAAACAGGGUUAACUUUGACCAAAUCACUCAGUUAACCAACGAAGACAGUUCUAAUGGUGUUAAUCCUCGUGGAGGGAAUUCUAGCAUGGAGUUGGAAGAUUCUGAAGUAUAUGGGAGUAGUAUAAACUUUGAAAACGGACAUUCUUUAUCACAUACGUUUUAUUCAGUUUGUAAUCGUAGGAUGAAGUUCUUGAACAAGAAAUUGGAUUAUAAGGAAGGGUGGAUGAUUGAUUUUGGAAGUGUAGGAUUUCAUCGCUUCUGUGAGUUUUUCAAUGAGCUGAUUCUCCAAGUUGAGCUACCGUAUUUUCAACACCUACUUACGUUAAUAGAAUACGUAUUUGUAUUAAGUACGUGUCAAUACAGAGGAGUACGCCUGUUAUCCACUGUGGCAUGUAAUGAGCUUAUUAAAUCACUACUUCUGAAAUUAGAUGUAUUGAAAAAAGACCAAGUGGUUCUGAGAAAACAAUUAUUGGUCGAGGCUGAUUUGGAUAAAAGGGCUGCAACCAGAUUGGGAGGUGAUUCAGCUCUAUCCAACUCUACUGUAGAAUUAUAUAAAAGGGUUAACUUGGUCAAUAUCACCUGUUCCGCCAUAGUGAACAUGGUCAAAACAAGUUUUUACGUAAAUUAUUCAGCCAAGUCUUUUGAUAUUGUCGGGGAUCUAAGAGUUGUUUCAGCCUAUUACUUAGUAGUCCAUUCCAUUAUUAAUCCAGAAUUAUACCAUCAUUCUUUAUACAUGGAGCUAGUAACUAGUUUGCUCAGCAAUAUGGAUGACAAUCUACCCCUAUUACUCAAGUUCAUACUCAUCAAUGGAGAUGUAUUGGAAAAAAAGAUUAUGGAAAGAGUAUUGAGAAUAUAUACAGGUGAAAACAAUGAGGUCAAUCAACUAAUUGAAUUUAUACACCUUAAACAUUCUUGUUCGCAAACUUCCGAUAAACUUGCUAAUACUGAUGAUACUGAUAAUACUAAUAAUACUGACAAACUUGAUCCUACGGAUAAUGGUGUUAAAACUGAUAAACUUGAUUCCAACAUUGUUGUGAUAGAUGAUGAAACAGUCUACAAUAAAAUUGUGAAUAGUAAUAACAAGUAUAUCGGCUGUGUAUAUUUAUUAAAAGAGUUGCCAAAGUUUAAGGUUAGCCUUAAGCUUGACUUGAAUUUAACGAAUGUGAAGAGUAAAUACCAAAACUUAUUUAGUGGUAAUAAUAAACCCUAUCAUCACCAUGUAUACAACUUUAACACAGGUAAGGGUAACAGUGGAGGUGAGGAUUACAUGGAAAACAUGCGAGUCAUGUGUAACUCAAUGUUAAAACAUAGUGAAAAGGAAAGUUACAACCAAUUUGUGAAUAAUUUAGUUUCGGAUUUAGUUGAACUUAACUUCUUCGACCCGGAGUUUUCCUAUUUUACUCUUUCAAAUUAUGUUACGUUCUUAAAUCCACCACAGUUACACACCCUAUACAAUACUAUCCUACUACAAUUACUCAAGUCAUUGUCAUCAACAGGCUCAAGUACAGAUUUAGGAACUGGUGUCACUAGUAGUUUGGACGAUUUCAUAACAAACUGUGAUGAGUUAUAUAAAUUAAAUAAAACUACUGAAAACAAUUUGCUAACACUGUUGAAUAUGUUUAAUGAGGUGGUGAGGAUGAAUGUGACAAAAUCCAACAAAUUCAAGGUGGUAGAUUUAGUAUUGAAAAGUCUUGAUUAUUUGUUAAAUUCACCCAAUUUGCUGUCUAUCUCACUCAACAUAUUAUCAAACCUGAGUGAGACUGGAGAGGAAGCUAAAGAUAUCUCUUCCAAUACUACACUUAAAAAUAAGAUUAACUCGUUUUUUAAUACAAACUUCAACCAACUAUAUGAAUUUGUUGUGGACUUAAAAAGCGAUACCAAUGUUGACAACACAGAUGAUGUAAUGCGAGUACUGUAUAUCUUGAACAGUUUAAUGAGUAGCUUUAAUUUUGUUAAAUUGGAUGAAACUAAGUUCACAACUUUGUUUAACAAAUCUUUUGACAUGAUGCUGUCUGACUCUACUACUGGAAGAACUGAUUUGGUGGAUGAGCUGAUGGUAUUUUACUAUUUGGUGUAUGAAUAUAUAAUAUUAAAGACUAUAAAUACAGAUUACUAUUUUGAUUUUCUACCUCAACUCCAUAACAAAUUAUUACUAAUGCUGCUUAAUAAGCCUAAAUUUAGUAAUGAUACUGAGAAGUUUAUUACUGUUUCCACAGCACUAAGUAUAUUAAAACUGUCGAAUAUUGAUUUUUUGAAGAAUAACUACUCGUUCACAAUGAGUUCCAGUACUGUAAAUCAACUACUCAACUACGUCACAGACUUAUUUUUGUCAUUAUAUCAAAGUAACAAGAGUAUUCUUAAAUUAAGCCAAAAGAAGAGUAAAUUAAACAUACUAAAUGACGGGUGUGUAACAAUAAGUUAUAAAUAUACAAAUUCAACAACUUGUUUAGAUACACUAAAUAUCCUGUACGUGGCUGAGAGUGUAGUGUAUCAGUACGCAAAAACACUGAAUAAGUCAGUGUAUGACAGUAACAUAUCAAUAAUAAUACUGUUGAAUAGUUGCAGUGGGUAUGAACGUGUAAGAGUAGCAUCACAAAAGUUUCUUGAAAUACUUUCUAAGUUAGAUUUGACAUUGUUUAACCUCAUUUCACUUCACUGCAUGACAACCUUGUACGAAUUAUCGCAAUUCUCACUUCUCAGUUCCGUAAUCACAUUGUUUAACCAAUUUGAAAACGGGGGAAUCUUGCAAUUUAUAUACCAUUUGUUAAGUUACAUUAAAAAGUCUCAGUCGAACCAUAACCUCCAACAGUAUAUAAGGCCAAUACUGUUAGAAAAUCCCAGUGUUAAGACCGCCAGCGAUGAAAAGUACAAUAACAUACUGAAGCUGAUUAAAUUACUGAAGGAUAACCAACAACUCUAUUUGGUGAAAUAUAUGGAAAAAUUAUUCAACGUGGAGGUGGAUGACGAUUUUAAUGAUAAUUUAUUAACAUUGAGACGGAACUUAAACGUUAAAUCAGUUGAGCAAUUAUGCGCUAAUAUCCUCAACAGUAUACCUAAACAAAGCAAAUCCACAUCAAAACCCACUAAAUCCAUCUCAGAAUUUUUCAAACCCAGUUCUAAAGUAGAUAAACCGGAUUCGAAACUGGAUAAAACUAGUUUACAGCUACCUGAACUGGGCACAGAAGUACAUAAACCCACUGCACAGCAAACUAAACCAAGUUCAAAGCAUCUGAAAAACAAGAGAAAGAGGAUGAAGGAAGCUGGCACAACGUUAUUGCCACAUGAUUUUUAUCAAUUUAAUGAUAAUACGACACAUUCACUUGAUUCUAAUAGUGUUAAUAAGGAAGAGAGUUCGCCUGAGAUUGUGAGAAACUACACCAAGAGAACCCUACUACCGAGCAUGGGAAUUAAGAAUAAGUUUGAACCAAUAGAAUUAAGAGAUGACGAGUUAAACUUGGAGGAUUUGGAGACUUUUAAUGAGUUAGAGCCCUUUGAAGAUGUUAUAGAAGUCCCAGAUGAUCUUUCUCCCACCAAAUUAACACUCAAAAGCUCAAGUUUACAUUUUCCUUAAUAUUAUGCUACUAUAUAUAAUAUUAUGUAUGUAUAAUAUUAGUAUGGUCUAGUGAUGUUGAAUCUAAAGGUUUUCGAGCGUUUUCUAAGGCUUUUCCCAUGAGGUCCACCUCCGCCGCGUCCUUCACCUGUUCUGAAGCAAUUCAUCAAAUUCAAAUCCACGCCAUUCCUAUCAAACAUUCUUGCCUCACCUAUGCAAAC